AUGCCUCAGCCACAUCCCACGCACCUAUCGCACCUGCCUCCGGACCUUCUCAUCUUUCUCUGCGGCCUUCUUCCGCGAGCCUCGCGGGGUAACCUGGCCGCCUGCUGUCGCGAACUGCGCGACACCAUCCUGCGCUGCUGCACAACCCGCCUAUCCCUUCAGCUCGGCCCGCAGCCCCUAACCACAAUACUGCACGCCGCCGGCGGUCCCGGCAGCAACCUGCGGGUCCUGGAAGUCGUCUUCAUCACCCAGCCUGGUGGGGUGCCCGAUGCGGACGCUGUGUCCUCCCUGGCGCGGGGGGUCACCCGGCUGGGCGGGCUACGGCUGCUGCUGCUGCGCAGCGUGCAACCGUUACGGGGUGACCUUGGGGGGCACUUCCAGAUCUCGCUUUUCGGUACCGCGAUCUGCGAGGACGUAGCAGUAGCCGGCAAAGCACGUUACACGUGGCUCUGGAGCCCGGAGUGUUACCGUCGGCCUCCUUGGCUCUGCCGUAUUCCUGGCUGCGGUUCCUGCACUACGGCCGACCCCGACUGCGGUUCAGCCUCCUUGGGGAGGGAAUCGUGUGUUCCCAUCGGGAACUGCAAGGGGCUACUGGCUACCGGCAGUUCGGACUUGGCAGAGGACAUGUGCAGCUGGCAUUCCGGCAGUGCAGACCAUCACGACAAGGAGGGAGAGGCGGCUGAAGGCGCCAGCGUCUACACUGAGGAGUCCGUUACCGACGAUGAUGCCGCCAACCGACGGCUGUUAUCUUCCUUGCCGCUCCCGUACUUGCUCGUACAGAUGGCGCUAUCCGCAAUGCCGUACCUGCCCAACUUGACGGUCCUCGAGUUGGUGCCCGUGUUGUACACCGUUGGCAGCGCCGGCAGCAGCGGGAUCAUGCCGGGCACGGCAGCCGAGCCGGUCGUAACUACAGCCGACGUGUUACAGCUGUUAGUGGCACGAACCCCACAACUUCGUCACUUGAGACUUGCUGCUGCCGUACCGCCACCGCCCGCUGCACUGGAGGUGAUGCGUUAUCUGCCGUACCUCGCCACCCUGGACCUUCGACCACCCACCGCUGCAGCCGUCAGAGCUCUCAAGGCUGUAGCACGGCGGCUGCUACCACCAGCUCCUGGUGGCUCCAAGAACGAGCCUCCCACUGCUGCGACGGUCUGCUACCACAGCCCGCAGCCAGCCGGGCCCCGCGGUCUGUCCCUGUCUCAUGCCCGAGCGCUGGCAGCGUGUUGCCGCCUUCGCCGCCUCUCCCUGGAGCACCUCGGCGACCCGGAUCACCCCUGGAGCAGUGAAGCCACCUCCGGCACAAUCGCCGCGGCCGCCAUCGACAGCGCUGACGGCGGCUGCGCCAGCGGCACCAGAAUUGCAGCCAGCGGAAGCGGCUGUGUCUGUAUGACCACUCGGAGGACUUGCGGUGGCGCCGACGGGAGCUCGGAACUUAACCACGAAGGCUGUGCUGAGAGGGUCCUCUCCAUCGGAUUGGCAAGGCGGGGCUUAUGGCCAAAGCCUAAAGCGGGUCGGGUACGGCACCAUGCUGAGGUGGAGGCCAGAAUGGAUGCGUACGUAGGAGGAGCUCGGGAUGUCCGUAACGGCAGUGGGGCUGGCGGAGGCGGAGGCCGCUGCCAUCAUCGCCGCUGCCGCUGCCGUGGCAGCGGACCAGAUGUCGGGUGGGGUACUGGUGACGGCGGCAGCGUUGCCGCCGCUUCCGCCGCCUCAUUCAAAGUCGAAGUGAUGGUUCGCGCAAUGGCCCGGUGUGGAGCUGAGGUACUGGUGCUAAAGGUGGAUGGCGCGGAAGAGGAGGAGGAGGAGGAGGUGGAGGAGGAAGAGGGAACAGGCCGCGUGGCGCCCGGGAAUGGCGCUGAUGGCGCCGCGCAGGACCAUACGUCCAUACAUACAUUGCAGGGGGACUGUACGGCGUGGAUUCCCAGUGACCGUGCUUGGGCCCCAGCGGCGGCGGCGGCGGCGGCGGCUGCUGCUGCUCAGUUUUCAGGCACGGCAUGUGCGGAAUGCGGUUUUCGGAGCCCUGCGGCUGAACUUGGGGAUUUAUUUGGACCAGAGUCCCUACUGCCGACCGUCGCCUCGGCGCUGCUGUACAUGCCGUACCUUCGUACCUUCAAGCUAGAUGGAUUCCACAACCUAACGGGUGAAGUCGCAGCAGCGUUGCUGGUCCGGCUGAUGAACACUUCUGGCCUGUGCGGCUGCGGUGAGGCGUCUGUAGCUGCUCAGGCGCGAGUGAUGCGAGCGAUGGCGGGUUGCUGUGGCGGUGGUGGCGGUGGUGGCGGGUGGGAGGCCUUGCUGGAAGUUGUGUUUCGCUAA